AUAAGUGUAUUUAUUUUUAAACAACUAUGUAUUCCAUAUUAAUAAUUGAAUAAAAAACAAGUAUUAUGCUCAAGUACAUAAAUUGUACGGUAUUUAAAAGAAAUAAUUUGAGGUUGUAUUGUUUACUAUCACAGGAAAUCCGUUUUUCAUUUAUUAGAAAUAAAUGUACUGAAACUAUGAAAUACUUGAAUGUAGCAGAGAAAAACGAUGCUGCAAAAAAUAUUGCACUGCAUUUGUCCCGGGGGACGUCAAAAAGGAGAGAAGGCUUGUCCCAAUAUAACAAAAUAUAUGAGUUUGAAGCCAAUGUUUUCGGGCAAAAAUGUCAAAUGGUCAUGACAUCAGUAUCGGGUCACUUAUUAGGAUUAGAGUUUGUUGGAGCCUAUAAGAACUGGCAGUCAUGUAAUCCAUUGACAUUAUUUGAUGCACCUGUAUUUAAGUACUGUCCUGAGAAUUAUGAGAAAAUUAAAAAAACCUUAGAAAGAGAAAUUCGUAGCUGCCAAGGACUCAUAAUAUGGACAGAUUGUGAUAGAGAAGGAGAGAAUAUUGGUUUUGAAAUUAUUGAUGUUUGUUCAGCCGUGAAGAAUAACCUUAACAUAUACAGAGCUAAGUUCUCUGAGAUAACAUCUGUGUCUGUUUCAAGAGCCUUGCAGAACCUUGGUAGACCUGAUAAAAAUAUUAGUGAUGCUGUUGAUGUCAGGCAGGAGUUGGACUUAAGGAUAGGUGCGGCUUUCACUAGGUUUCAGACUCUUCGUCUGCAGAAAGUAUUCCCUAGUAAACUGGCACAGAGUUUGGUCAGCUAUGGCUCAUGUCAAUUUCCAACACUAGGCUUUGUUGUGGAGAGGUAUAGAGCUGUUGAAAAUUUUGUCUCUGAGAUGUUUUGGAAAAUAAAAGUAAAUCAUACAAUCAACAAUCUGAGCGUGGAUUUCAACUGGGAGAGAGUUCGUUUAUUUGAUGAAGAAGCAUGCCAGGUGUUGCAUGAUAUAUGUACAGAAAACCCGCAGGCAAAAGUGACUGAUGUGAAAACUAAACCCAAAUCUAAAUGGAGACCUCUGCCGUUGGACACAGUUGAACUUGAAAAAUCAGCAUCAAGGAAAUUGAAGAUAAAUGCAAAAGAAACAAUGAGACUGGCUGAAAAGCUUUACACACAAGGGUUGAUAAGUUACCCCAGAACAGAAACCAAUGAAUUCCCAAAGGAAAUGAAUUUAGGACAGCUGGUUGGACUACAAACUGAGGACCCUAACUGGGGUGGCUUUGCACAAAGCAUUUUGGAUAGUGGCGGUCCUACGCCACGGCAAGGCAACAAAAGUGAUAAGGCCCAUCCACCAAUACAUCCUACUAAGUAUACUCAUAGUUUAUCAGGAAAUGAACAAAAGUUGUACGAGUUCAUUGUUCGUUCAUUUCUGGCCUGCUGUUCUAAGGAUGCACAGGGACAAGAGACAACAGUAACCAUAAACGUAGCCAAUGAAAUAUUUUCUGCUAGCGGGCUGAUGAUUACUGCGAGAAACUACCUGGAAGUAUACCCUUACGAUAAGUGGUCUUCCAAGGAGAUACAUGUGUAUCAAGUUGGACAGACAUUCAACCCGACAAGCAUAGACUUAUUGGACGGCAACACUUCACCUCCAAAUCUAUUAACCGAAGCUGAUCUGAUUUCACUUAUGGAGAAACAUGGCAUUGGUACUGAUGCAACCCAUGCGGAGCACAUAGAGACAAUAAAGAACAGGUCGUACGUAGCCCUGGCUGAUGCUAUACACUUCGUGCCUGGCUUACUGGGAAUGGGUCUCGUGGAAGGCUAUGACGCUAUGGGUCUCAAUAUCUCCAAACCACACCUCCGGGCACAGUUGGAGGCCGACCUCAAAGCGAUCAGCGAGGGAAGGAAGCUGCCUCAAGUGGUUUUAGCUGAACAGAUAGCCAGAUACAAAGAGGUGUAUCAAACAGUGACGGCAGAAGCUAAUAAAAUAGACGGAGCGCUGGCAGAACGAUUUAGUGAACGACCGCUGCAGUAUACGCCCAGUGUGGAAAACAUGCCCAGCUUUCCUUCAGUAUUCAAAUGUCCAAAGUGCAACAGUGACAUGUUGGUGAGACAAAAGAAAAACAAUUUGGACGAGUUCUACAUCAGUUGCUCAUCAUACCCGGCGUGUAAGAACGCGGUGUGGCUCCCAUCCAUCGUUAAGACCCUGCAGGUGUUGCCAGAAACCUGCCCCACUUGCGGUCCAACCUACAAGAAACUGAAGUUUGAAUGGCGGAACAACUCAAUAAACCACUUAUACCCCCCACCGUAUACAGGAUGCAUCGGGGGAUGCGAUUCAACCUUCCUAGAAGUACUACAGAUAACACCAAGCAGUGUUCGAAACGCUCCACGCUUAGAAAACAGGACAGACAAUAACGAUCAUAGAGUAUCUACAGCUGCGAACCAUAGACAAAAUACAACAAACUCUACCAAUAGACAAAAUUCUAAUGUUGCUAGUGAACAAAAUUCAACAAACGCAAGACAAGCCAAUACAGUACUCAAUUAUGUGAGGCCAACAAGCCAGCCAAGGCAAAUCACACCUCAAGCUCCUGUAAAUAGAGCACAGAAUAGUACAGCUCAAAGAAUGCCUGUUCCUAGAAGGACGGCAAAUUCCGGUGCCAACUUCCCGACACCGAGUAGCAGUGGAGAUGACGAUAGCAACGUAUUGUGUGGAUGUAACAAACAGGCUAUUUUGCUGACGGUGCGGAAACAGAAUGAAAACUUUGGUAAAAAAUUCUACAAAUGCCAAGCUGGUAAAGAGAACGGUGGUUGUGACUUCUUUUUAUGGGCACCGGAGUCAGUGGAACGCACAAGCCAAAACAUUGAUACCCCGGGCAACAGCUGGGGCAAUUCCCAACCAGCCUCCACGUCCACGCGAGGCUGGGGCAUCACGCCCAGCGUCUCCAGGGAAGAUUUCCCGUCGAAUGAUGAUGAUGUCAAGUGUAACUGUGGAUUGCCUGGCAAAAAAAUAACAGUUCACAAAGAGGGUCCUAAUAAGGGUCGGCCAUUUUACGGCUGCCCCAAAGAAAUCAACGCACGAUGCAAUUUCUUUCAAUGGGCUGAUGGACCUCCUACUAAUACAGAAUGGAGCAACAACAGUAGCACCAGGGUUCGAGGACGUGGUCGAGGGUCAGGCAACACCGGGGAUAGCGACGGCACCAGGACUAGAAAGUGUGGACUCUGUCGACAGCACGGCCACACCAGGAACAGAUGUCCUAACAAUGCCUCGUAACAUUAUCGCAGAUCUGUCCUUUUCUUAUAUUGUUAUUAUUUGGUUCAAUUUAUGAUUUACAAUUUAACAUUUACAAUGUUAACUGUAAAAUGUAUUACAUGGCCAUAUUAUCUCUGGAUCUCACUGGAACGUGAAGCCCUCGCCCUGAGUGGUUCAGCAUUGUUAUGGGCAAGGCAUAUUUAAUCUGGUGGUAAUAUACUUUAUAAUAAUAAUAACUUGCUUCUUGGAAAAUAAUUCUAUAAGGUAUCAUAGCUUUAGCACUACCCA